CUGAACAGCCUGUCACAACUGGGGCAACAAGUGGACCAACUGAGGGCUUGUCCACAACUGAUCAGCCUGUCACAACUGGGGUAACAAGUGGACCUACUGAGGGCACUCCCACAACUGAUCAGCCUGUCACAACUGAGAAGACCAGUGGGCCAACUGAAGACAUGCCCACAACUGAUCUGCCUGGCACAACUGAUCAGCCUGGCACAGCUGAGGCAACAAGUGGACUAACUGAGGGCACGCCCACAACUUAUUUGCCUGGCACAACUGAGGCAACAAGUGGACCAACAGAGGGCACUCCCACAACUGAUCAGCCUGUCACAACUGAGAAGACCAGUGGCCAACUGAGGGAACUCGUACAACUGAUCAGCCUGGUACAACUGAGGCAAUGAGUGGACCAACUGAGGGCACGCCCACAACUGAUCAGCCUGUCACCACUGAGGCAACGAGUGGACCAACUGAGGGCACGCCCACAACUGAUAAGCCUGGCACAACUGAGGCAACGAGUGGACCAACUGAGGGCACCCCCACAACUUAUCAGCCUGUCACAACUGAGGCAACAAGUGGACCUACUGAGGGCACCCCCACAACUGAUCAGCCUGUCACCACUGAGGCAACGAGUGGACCAACUGAGGGCACCCCCACAAUUGAUCAGCCUGUCACCACUGAGGCAACAAGUGGACAAACAGAGGGCACUCCCACAACUGAUCAGCCUGUCACCACUGAGAAGAGCAGUGGGCCAACUGAGGGUACACCCACAAGUGAUCUGCCUGGCACAACUGAUCAGCCUGGCAAAACUGAGGUAACAAGUGGACCAACUGAGGGCACGCCCACAACUGAUUUGCCUGGCACAACUGAGGCAACAAGUGGUCCUACUGAGGGCACCCCUACAACUAAUCAGCCUGGUACAACUCAUGCAACAAGUGAACCAACUGAGGGCACUCCCAUAACUGAUAAGCCUGGUACAACUGAGGCUACAACUGUACCUUCAACUACACCACCUAUCACUCCAACAAUUCAACCAACUACCCAAUCCACUACUCGUAAGCCUUUAAUUUGCCAAAACGGAGGAAUUGACAAUGGUCACAACUGCUCAUGUCUCAUUGGAUUUAUUGGACCUGUCUGUGAACAUGUUGAAGUUGCUGUUGAGCCAGAUACAAUCAACAGAACGGUUGUGGUUAAUAUAGACAUCAAUGAGGAAUAUAUUGAUGAAUAUGAGGAUGAGGCAUCACAGGAAUACAAAGAAUUUGUUGGAAACUUCACCAGCCAGAUGGAGGAAUAUUACAAAAUAAGGAUAGAAAAUGUUAAAGAAGUGGUGGUCAUAAGUGUCAGCCCAGGAAGCCCAUUGGGCAGAUUAUCAACCAACAUUGUGGAAGAGAUACAAUUAAGGGUUGAAGGCACAGAUCUCACACCAACAAGAGUCGGUGUUGAUGUCAAACAUGAUGUCAUCCUGGCAAUUCCAAAUAACCCUGAUUAUGAGGAUAUAUAUGUGAAUAAUACUGAAGAAAUUAUGGAGGCUGUUGGUGACCUUGUUGGCUGCACUCUAGGUAAGAGAGACAUUUCCCAAUAGUGUGUGGACAUGAAA